GGCGAAGUGCUCACUGCGUCCACCACCGCAGUCGGCACAAGGGUUGCUUUUCGAGGCCUCAGCUCACUCUUCCAAUUGGUCUUCACACCCUUAGCUCGGCCCUGACUCACCUCUAUUGUCGAGCAUGGCUGUCCUCUCGGCUUCACCGCUGCAGCUCGUGCAGUCAAUACCACCCGUUACGCGUGCCUUCACGUUUGCUACCAUUGUCACUUCCCUACUGUUCUACUGGUUCUGGUGGACUGGGGAUGAGAACUUUAGCGCACCAUACCUCGUAUUGGUGCCAGGACAAAGUAUAUUUUAUCCCUGGACGUUCGUGACGUCUGCGUUGGUGGAGACAAGUAUCGUCGAGCUUCUAUUCACAUUGCUUACUAUCCCGGCAUCUCUGAGAUAUUUGGAACGUCUGUGGGGUGCCGUGGAGACCCUGAAAUUCAUCGUGGUGACCAUUGGCGUGUCGAAUAUCAUCGCUUUCGGUCUGAACUGGAUCGAGUACUUCGUUCUGAGAAACCCGGUAUUCCUAUACGGACAGUGGUAUCAUGGCCAGAUGGCUCUCCAGAUCGGUGUCCUCGUAGCAUUCACGCAGCUUAUUCCGGAGCAUCAAGUGCAGCUCUUGGCGUGUUGAAGCUCGUGUCAAGGUUUGUGAUCAAAAC